UCCUCUAUCCAUGAACUCAAACUAGCCGAUAACUUCAUUCCUAUUUCACUAACCCUUCUUUAAUUUUCCAUUUAUUCCCACUAAUUUCAUACCCAAAAAUGUCUUGCUGCGGAGGAAACUGUGGCUGCACCUCUGGCUGCAAGUGCGGCAGCGGCUGUGGAGGAUGUGGCAUGUUCCCUGAUGUGGAGAAUGUCAAGACUGUCACCCUUAUUCAGGGUGUUGCACCAGUGAACAACAACACUUUUGAGGGGGCUGAGAUGGGCGCAGAGGGAGGAGAUGGGUGCAACUGUGGAUCAGGCAGCUGCAGCUGUGGACCAGCCUGCAACUGCGACCCUUGCAAAUGUUGAGGGGAAUUAUUGCAUGAAAUGACCCAAGCAAACUAAAGCUAUGUUGUGGACUACUGUCUUUUAACUCUUUUAAGUGUGUAAUAACAACAGCAACAAAACAGCCCAACACUCAACUGCAAGCCUAUCUAGGAUUAUCAUCACUUGGGUUUGUUUGUUUGGUGUGUUGUGUCUGUUUUGUGUUUGCUGUCUUUGUGGUUCUGUUUGCUUGGGGUUUAUUGAAACUAAUUAAUUAUUAUAUCAAUAUAGCUCCUUUAUGGAAAAUCUUACUUUUAA